UGUAAAUGAGACAGAGAAGAAGAAGGAGGAGGAGGAGGAGGAGGAGGAGGCGACAGAAGCGACAGGCAAACCCACCGUGUGUUUUCACUCUGGAGUUUCCUCUCUAACAGCAGCGUGCACUUCAGCGGACUCUCUGUCGGACUAUUUCACACGUUUUACCGCCCGAGUUUACACACUUUGUUUCCAGCUGCUGAGAGGAUGAAGGGCAGGAACCCGGGCGGUGUGUGGAGUUUGUAGAAGAAACAGAAACACGGGGCGACUCCUCUCCAGCUCGUCUGUCCGCAGCAGAGCUCACCAUGAGUUAGAAACGUCAGAGACCCCGUCACCGCCGCUGCCUUCCUCCCCCCCCCCCUUGCUGUCCUGAGCUCCGUGUUUGACUGACAGCAGCAUCACUCGCCCCACUUCAUGAUCCAGCAGGAUGCCGCUGAGGUCCUCGCACUCUCCGAGCGCCUCCUCAUAGCCUCGCACAAGGGACAGGCAGACAAUGUGGUCCAGCUCAUCAACAAGGGAGCAAAAGUAGCCGUCACCAAGUAUGGCAGAGGCCCCCUACACUUGGCCGCCUACAAAGGCCACACUGAGGUUGUGCGCCUCCUGCUCAAAGCCGGCUGUGACCUGGACAUCCAAGACGACGGCGAGCAGACGGCACUGCACAGGGCCGCCGUGGUCGGAAACAAUGACAUCAUCAGCGCUCUCAUCCAGGAAGGCUGUGCACUGGACCGACAAGACAAGGAUGGAAACACAGCGCUCCAUGAGGUGUCCUGGCACGGCUUCAGCCAGUCCGUCAAACUGCUGGUGAAGGCCGGAGCCAACGUUCACGCUAAAAACAAGGCUGGAAACACGGCCCUCCACCUGGCGUGUCAGAACGGUCACGCUCAGAGCUCCAAAGUUCUCCUCCUGGGAGGCUCCAGACCCGACAGCAAGAACCACGUGGGGGACACAUGUCUCCAUGUCGCUGCUCGGUACAACCACCUGCCGAUGAUCCGCAUCCUGCUGGGAGCGUUUUGCUCCGUUUCAGAGAAGAACCUGGCAGGGGACACACCGCUCCACGUUGCAGCUGCUCUGAAUCAUAAGAAGACAGUACGUUUGCUGCUGGAGGCUGGAGCAGAGAGCCGCAUCUGCAACAACGCAGCUCAGACAGCUCUGGACCAGGCUAGAGAGCACAACAACCCAGAUGUUGCUCUUCUCCUCACUAAAGCCCCCCAGGUGCAGAGUUUUCUGCGAGGCAGGAGUGUGAGGAAGAGGAGAGAUAAGCUGAAGGCGGAGGGUCGAGCUCAGUCGGUGCCCAGAGACGAGAUGCUGCCCUGCAAGGACAGUGCGUCUGCUGCAGAGGACACGCAGAGCAGCGACCGCGCCGCUGAACACGCAGAGGUGACCGAGUCAAACACCAGGCAGGGGAAGAGCAGGAAGCAGAAAGAAAGAUCCGUCGCUGUCCGACCCCUCCGCCGCAGAGAUACCCGGCACAGUGAAAGUUUUAACAAGAGGAAAGAUAAACUGAGAGGAGCUGCAUGCAUCCCUCCUCACAACUACAAAGCCUACCAGCUGUACACACUGUACCGCAGCAAGGACGGAAAGAUCAUGCAGGCUCCUCUGAACGGCUGUCGCUGUGAACCUCUCAUCAAUAAACUGGAGAAUCAGCUGGAGGCCACCAAGGAGGAGAUGAAGACCGAGAUCCACACAGUCCAAGACCUGAUGAACAGCAAGAUGGGACAGCUGGACCGCAAGAACAAGCACCAGAUCCGAGCUCUGGAUAAGAUGACGGUGGAGAGAGUGUCUGCAGAGAGGAGCGAGUGUGUGCAGAGGAUUGAGCAGCGAGCUCUGCAGGAGAGGCAGGAGGCAGAGAAGAGACAGCAGGCGUCCCUGGUCAGCGAGCUGAAGAGCUGGUGUCUGUCCAAACUGCAGAACAUGGAGGUCCGCUUCACCGGAGACCCCGCCAGGCUGCAGCGCUCCUCCUCCGUGACCGAGGGCCUAAACGAGGCAGAGGGAGCCGGCCUCACCGUGCUGCCCCCCGGCUCACAGUGCCUGGAGCUCCACAGCAGCCCCGCCCACCCGGACUCCAGCUGGGGGGAGGCCAGCGUGGCAGAGAGCGGCGCCAACAACCACUACUUUGUGGUCCAUGUGGAGAGUUCUCCAGAUGUGAAUAAGACUCCCGGUGCAGAGGUCGCCUCUCCUGCAUCAAAGACCCCGCUGUCUUCUGUCCAGGUGGUCCGACCUAAAGAGCGCUCAGUGAUCUGUGCAGAGGCUCAGAGGAAGAACCCGGACCUGAAGGAUGUGGACAUGAUGGAGAACCAGACGACAGGGAGAAGGAUUCACAGAGCCAGCAGCCUGUCUCCGGCCACAGAGCGGCGCUGCAGCAGCAGGACUGAAGCCGGGGUCAGAGACAAGGAGCGAGGGCGGGACAAAGGGAAGCACCACAGGAAGCACUCCCAGGGCAGGACUAAGUCCAGGGGGGCUGCCGGGGUGCGGACUCUGGAGGUGUUUGGAGAGCAGCAGCCCGGCGAGCCCUCCUUUGCCCAGGAAAAGGACAACAUGCACGCGUUGGAGGUGACACAGUACUUCUUCGAGGCGGUGUCGACGCAGAUGGAGCGCUGGUACGAGAGGAAGGUGCAGGAGGCUCGCUGGCAGGCCAAUCAGAGAGCGGAGGCUGACAGAGCCGCUCUGAUCGAGAGGAUCACCUACCUGGAGGACGAGCUGCGCAUGCUGAGGACAAACAGACACGAUGACUGCUAACACACGGCUCAUAUGAUGUUACCAUGGAAACUGGUAAACACCAUGUGUGUAAUGAUAUUCCCACAUCCACUAGUUUUCCUUUUUCUUAUCUACUGACAGUUUGGAAGCUCAAAUUAUAAAAAAAUGUGAACCUGAUAUACAAGUUGUAAAAAGAAAUAGAACAGAAUAUAACCAUUUUUUGAUUGAUUGAUUGAUGACAAACUGAAAAGACUGGGGCCCCAGAUAGCCGAGCUGUUAUGUUGCGCACCGUAUACCAUGGCUACAGUCCUGGUCUAAGGUGCUGUGGGUUGGAAUCUGACCCCGGCCCUUUCCUGCAUGUCAUCCCCAACUCUCUCCUCCCAACAUUUCCUGUCCCUCUUUAGCCGUCCUAUCCAAUAAAAGCAAAAAUAACGGUGAUUGACAAUGAAAAAUGUAAAUCUGGAGGGACAUUUUUCAAGUUUAAGGACAUAUUCAUUACCUAUUAGCCACUCUUAAACAACAGCUCGUUAGUGUGCAAAGCUUACUUGGCUAAAGGAACCCUUUGUGAGUAAUAUGACAGGAAAGCCAGAUAUGAGCCAAUGAGAGCCUGAGUUGAGAGUAGGUGCGUGCCUCUUCUAUUCUGAACACGAGGAUAAACUGCUUGAAUCAAUAACUAAAAAUAAAAGGGAUUCUGUCUUCAAACAGGAAGGACAGUAGCCUCAGCUUAAGACAGUACAACAUGUCAAAAUAAAAGCCUAACACAAACAGUUUUUUUAAAUGCAGAAUAAUGGAAUUUCAAACAUGCGAUUAAUUAUUGAAAUUCAGCCAUUAAUCGCCAUCAAAAACAUGUAAUCGUUUUGAGAGCCUUAAGGCUGUUGUCUUCUUUUGUGUGGUUCUGAUUCUAGUGUUUGGUUUAGUUAUGUAUUCAGUGUUAGGGCACAGCUGUGAGCAACAUAUAUGCUUAUACCCCCCCCCCC